AUGUUCCUGCUGAGCCCUGACACCAAGGAAGGCUGGUGGCGCUGGUCCCGCGUGAGCACCCUGGGCUCCCGUCCCAGCGCCCGCUCCGGCUUUGCGGUGGCUCCGGGCGGCCCCGGCGGGCGGGCGCUGCUGUUUGGGGGCGUCCGGGACGACGAGGAGGGCGGCGACGAGCGGCUGGAGGGAGAGUUCCACGCGGAUCUCCACGCCUACGACCACGCGCGGCGCCGCUGGAGCCGCGUGCACCUCGCCGGGCGCGGUGGUGGUGGCGAGUGGCCGUGUGCCCGCAUGAACGCCAUGAUGGUGGUGCGCCAGGCGGUGCUGUUCCUACUGGGCGGCGCCUACGAAGCCGGAGCCCGUCAGGUGAACAAGCGGAACGAUCGUGGGGAGACGCCACUCCACCUGGCGGCCAUCCGCGGAGACGCCAGGGUGGCCAGGAGCCUCAUAGAGCGAGGGGCAGUCGUCAACGUGAAAGACUUCGCUGGCUGGACCCCGCUGCACGAGGCGUGUAACCGUGGCCACCGUGAUCUGGCCGAGCUGCUGCUGCUGUCGGGCGCCCAGGUGAACACGCGCGGCCUGGACGACGACACGCCCCUGCACGACGCCGUCACCAAUGGCCACGACGAGGUGGUGCGCCUGCUCCUGCACUUUGGGGGCGACGCCACGCAGCCCAACCGCACGGGCGAGCGGCCCCUGGACGUGUCGCCAUCGGCCGCCCUCACCCUCCUGCUGCAGCAGCAGCUGCAGCAUCAGCAGCUUCUGCAGCGCAGCAGAUCCGCAAGCUCGGGCGGGUGCACGCACGACUCCCCUGCCUCGCGAGCGGACACCCUGAGCAACGAGGAGCCGGAGUCCAACCGGCGCGGCGAGGCCGACGGCACGGGGACGGACGCGCCGGGACGCAGGCUUGAGGUGCCGCCUGCCCCCCCGGACAGGAAGUCGGCGCAGAGGAAUCCCCUGGCGGACAGGAAGUCGCACGGACAGCCGCCUCCUUCAGACAGGAAGUCACACGGGCAGCUGCCCCCUUCAGACAGGAAGCCCGAAGUGCCGCCCCCUUCGGACAGGAAGUCACAUGGGCAGCCGCUGCCCCCUUCAGACAGGAAGUCACAUGGGCUGCCGCCCCCUUCGGACAGGAAGCCCGAAGUGCCGCCCCCUUCAGACAGGAAGUCACAUGGGCCGCCGCCGCCCCCUUCGGACAAAAAGCCCGAAGUGCCGCCCCCUUCAGACAAGAAGUCACAUGGGCAGCCACCCCCUUCGGACAGGAAGCCCGAAGUGCUGCCCCCUUCAGACAGGAAGUCACAUGGGCCGCCGCCCCCUUCAGACAGGAAGUCGCAUGGGCCGCCGCCCCCUUCGGACAAGAAGUCACAUGGGCAGCCGCCACCCACCUCAGACAGGAAACCCGAAGUGCCGCCCCUCUUGGACAAGAAGUUGCACGAGCCGCCCCCUUCGGACAAGAAGUUGCAUGGGCCGCCGCCCCCUUCAGACAAGAAGUCGCACGGGCAACCAUCACCCAUCAUGGACAGAAAGCCCGAAGUGCCGCCCCUCUUGGACAAGAAGUCACACGAGCCGCCCCCCGCGGACAGGAAGUUACAUGGGCAGCCGCCACCCACCUCGGACAGAAAGCCAGAAGUACCGCCCCCCUCGGAGAAGAAGUCGCACGGGCAGCCGCUACCCACAACCGACAGGAAGCCCGAAGUGCCGCCCCCCUCAGACAGGAAGUCGCACGGGCAGCCGCCACCCACAACCGACAGAAAGCCAGAAGUACCGCCCUCCGCGGACAGGAAGUUGCACGGGCAGCCCCCCUCUGAAAGGAAGUCGCACGGGCAGCCGCUACCCACAACCGACAGGAAGCCCGAAGUGCCGCCCCCUUCAGAAAAGAAGUCGCACGGGCAGCCGCUACCCACCUCAGACAGGAAGUCACAUGGGCAGCUGCCACCCACCUCGGACAGGAAACCCGAAGUGCCGCCCCCUUCAGAAAAGAAGUCGCACGGGCAGCCCCUACCCACCUUAGAUAGGAAGUCACAUGGGCAGCCGCUACCCACAACCGACAGGAACCCCGAAGUGCCGCCCCCCUCGGAGAGGAGGUUGCGAGGACUGCCCCCCCCGGACAGGAAGUCCCACGGGCCGCCCCCCCCGGACAGGAAGUCCCACGGGCCGCCCCCCUCUGACAGGAGGCCGGAAGUGCCGCCCCCCUCGGAGAGGAGGGCCGAGGGGCCGCCGUCUCCGGAGAGGAGGCCCGGGGAGCCGGCCGUGAUGCCGGCGGUGGCCAGGCUUCGCGAAAGGAACCGGAGCGGCAGCGCCGGCUCCGGGGCCGCUCCCUCCGUGCCCGGCGAGGGCCGCGAGGACGGCGAGGACCAUGACGGGGAAGACGACGACGAGGAGGAGGACGCGGCAGGGGGAGCCGCCAGCGCCGCAGAAUCGGAGCCGCGGCCGGCGGGUGACCGGCACCUGCCGAGGCGGCGGCGGCAGCUGCGGCGGCAAAAGCGGCGGCGGCGCUCGGCACCUGGCGGCGACGGGGAGGCGGCGGCUGCCGCGGCUCCCGCAGUCGCGGAGGCCGGCGCGUCGUCCGCCGGCUCCGAGAGCGAGCCGGAGGCGCCGUCGCUCUUUGCGCCGUCCGGGGCGAGCGCCGGCAAGGCGCCGGCGGAGCGACGCCGAACGCCGUGGCGCGCCGAACCGGCGGCGCCGCCGACGGAGAAGGGGAAGGUGGACGGCGAGGGGAAGGUGGUGAAGCGGCACAAGCUCGGCCACCGGGGCCGGGAGCCGGCGGCCGGGGACGCCACGGCGCGGUCGCUGGCGCCGGCGCCGUCGUGGAAGGAGCAGCAAAGGAGGAGGGACUCGGCGGAGAGCGGAGGGGCGGAGCGGGAGAGGGACAAGGUGGGAGAGAGGGACAAGACGGAGAGGGACAAGGUGGGAGAGAGAGACAAGACGGAGAGGGACAAGGUGGGAGAGAGAGACAAAGUGGGAGAGAGAGACAAGGUGGGAGAGAGAGACAAGGUGGGAGAGAGAGACAAAGUGGGAGAGAGGGACAAGACGGAGCGGGACAAGGUGGGAGAGAGGGACAAGACAUUAGACCAGGACAAGGUGGCAGACAGGGAUGAGCUGGGAGACGAGGUGGGAGACAGGGACAAGACGUUAUACAGGGACGGUGUGAGAGACAAGGACAAGACAGAGAGGGACGAGGUGGGAGACGGGGUGGGAGACGGGGACAGUCCGAGAGACAAGGAGAGGGACAAAGACAAGGCAGCGGAGAGGGACAAGGAUAAGAUUCUGGAGAGGGAGAGGGACAAGAACAAGGAGAGAGACAGGACGGUUGAUAAAGAGAGAGACGGAGACAAGUCCAUGGAGAGGGACAAAGACAAGGCCAUGGAGAGGGAGAGGGACAAGGAUAAGAUUCUGGAGAGGGAGAGAGACAGGAACAAGGAGAGAGACAAGGACAGGACGGUUGAUAAAGAGAGAGACGGAGACAAAGACAGGGAGAGGGACAAAGACAAAGACAGAGAGAGGGAGAGGGAUAAGGAUAAGAUUCUGGAGAGGGAGAGAGACAGGAACAAGGAGAGAGACAAGGACAGGACGGUUGAUAAAGAGAGAGACGGAGACAAAGACAGGGAGAGGGACAAAGACAAAGACAGAGAGAGGGAGAGGGAUAAGGAUAAGAUUAUGGAGAGGGAGAGAGACAGGAACAAGGAGAGAGACAAGGACAGGACGGUUGAUAAAGAGAGAGACGGAGACAAGUCCAUGGAGAGGGACAAAGACAGAGAGAGGGACAAAGACAAGAUUAUGGAGAGGGAGAGAGACAGGAACAAGGAGAGAGACAAGGACAGGAUGGUUGAUAAAGAGAGAGACGGAGACAAGUCCAUGGAGAGGGACAAAGACAAAGACAGAGAGAGGGAGAGGGACAAAGACAAGAUUCUCGAGAGGGAGAGAGACAGGAACAAGGAGAGAGACAAGGACAGGACGGUUGAUAAAGAGAGAGAUGGAGACAAAGACAAGGCCAUGGAGAGGGACAAAGACAGAGAGAGGCGUCGUCGGCUCAAGGAGCGGGAGGGCGUGAGGAGCGAGGGGGGGGGAGCAGGAGGAGGGGCGCCCCCCCCCCACCGCGGCACCAAGGACGAGCGUAAGUCGUCCUCCUCCUUCAAGGAGAACAACGGCGCCGCCACGGCCGCCGGCGGCGGCGGCGGCAACGGCUCCUCCGGCAGCCGCAAGUCACCGGUGCCGGGCGGCGGUGGCGGCAAGUCCAGGGGGCGGCCGGGCGAAGCGGCGGCCGCGGGUCACGAGGCGGCCGGUGCCGGGGGCGGUGCCGGGGGCCGUGGUGGCGUGGCGGCGACGACACUCACCAGCUUCGAGCUGAUGCUCAGCCAGAAGGACAUGGAGAUGGAGCGGAGGCACCGCUACCUCAAGGGGAAGGCUCGCUGCAAGGAGAGAGCGGCACGCAGUGCGCAGGCCGCCGGUGGUGCCGGCAGCGCCGGCAAGGAGCGGCGGCCCCCGCCGGCGAGCCCCGCUCAGCGCCCGCGGGUUGCCUGUGAGCAGCCGGCGCCGACGGGCAAAGCCGCGGAGGGCGGCGACGGCGGACUGCCGGCCUCGCUUGCGCCGGGUGGGGAGGGCGCCAGGGUAGUGGCGUCGCCACGGCACCAGCAGCAGCAGCACCAGCAGCAGCACAACCAUCAGCAUCAGCGCCCGAUUCUUCUUCAUCAUCAUCAGCAGCAGAAGCAGCCGCUGCUGCUGCUGCAACGACAGCAGAAUCAUCCGCAGCAGCAGCUGCAGCUGCAGCAGCAGACUUGUCACCAGCAGCAGCUCCAGCUGCAGCAGCAGCAGACUUGUCACCAGCAGCAGCUCCAGCAGCAGCAACAGCAGCAGCAGCUUCACCAAAAGCAGCAUCUGCAGCCUCCCCAGCAGCUCCACAACCACCACGACCACCCCCAGCACCAGCCGCCGAGCUGGCACCCGCCGGUGGAGCCGCCAGCGGUGGAUGGCGCCGGCAGGGCGACCCCCCCGCAGCGCCAGCCGGCGCCCGGCGAGCACGGCGGCGGCGAGGAGCCGGCGGUGCCCGUGUCGGCCGCCGCCCUUCCGAUGCUGCCGCACCACCACCAGCGCCAGCAGCUACAGCAGCAGCAGCUACAGCAGGAGCAGCCCCAACAGCAGCAGCAGCCCCAACAGCAGCAGCAGCCCCAACAGCAGCAGCAGCUACAGCAGCAGCAGGAAGUUCGGAGCGACGCCGCCAAGGACGAGCCGUCGGUCGCGGCCGACGCUUCUUCCGCGCCGGCGAGCGAUGCCGGCGGCUCCGGUGGGGGGGCGCCCUCGCCACCGCCGGCACCGCCCGCGGCUGCUCCCCCGGUGGCGGCGGCUCCCCCGCUCCGCGCCGAUCGGCCGGGGGGCUCUGUCGCUUCGGCGGCGGACGGCAACACGCGGUCGGUGCCGGGGGUCGAGCCGGAACCGUCGCCGGCGCGCGAUCCGGCCGCCGCGGACGCGGACGCCGUCGACGUGGUCAUCUCGGAGCGGAUGUUGGAGGAGACGGCGCGGGCGGCGCUGCAGCGGGAGGAGGAGGCCGGCGGCGCCCCGACGGACGUCGCCGCGGCCGUCGCGACCGGCGACGAACUCGCGGCGGAAUCGCUGCCGGCGCCGGUGGCCAUUCUUCCGCCGGACGAGGAGGAAGGGGAGGGGGGGGCCCCGGCGGCCGGCGCCGCGGGCGACGCCGACGGAGCCGGCGUCGUCGGCGCGCGUGCCGAGGACGGGCGGCCGGAGAGCGCCGGCAACGGCGGAGGAGGGGACUCAGGCGGUACCGACCGCGAGUGUGCGCUUCGUGAGAGCGCUCUACGUGAGAGCGCUCUACGUGAGAGCGCUCUGCGUGAGAGCGCUCUGCGUGAGAGCGCUCUACGUGAGAGCGCUCUACGUGAGUGUGCACAGCGUGAGUGUGCACAGCGCGAGUGCGCGCUGCGCGCCGUGUUUGCGCGCCAGCGCGGCAGCGCGGAGGAGCGGUGGGCGGCGCUGUGCGGGGUGGCGCCGGCGCCGCCGCCGCCCCACGGCUACCCACGGUUCAUGACGCACACCGGGGCCUACGUGUUGCACGGCAAGCCCUACAGCCGCCUGCAGGUUCCCACGUUUGCUCCACCGCCGUCGCUGUCGGAGCCCCUCAAGGAGCUGUUCCGCAUGCAGGAGGCAGCGCGCAGAGCCCUGCGCCUGCAGCAGCUCGUCGAGAGGGUGGGGCAGCGCCACCACCGCCACCACCGCCACCACCACCACCGCCACGUGACUCCGUCUCUUCUGUAG